UCCGUUCAGCACACAGGCGUGGUAAAAAAAAAAUGGCAGAACAAGAUUCAGUGCCGAGUGAUCUUUACAAGCAUGUAUAUUCAUUUCUACUAGAGAACAAGUUUACCAAGGCUGCUCAACACUUCAUCAAACAAGCUAAAGUGCCACCCCAGAAUGAAGAACAAGAUGCCGGUCUGCUUGACAUAUUCAACUUCUGGGUGAAGUCUCCUGAAGCUAAGAAACGGAAGGCGCUGCCCAACGGUCCUGGAGCAAGUGACAGGCCGUCUGCUAAGAAGGCGAAGACUGCGGAGAGCUCCAGUGAGGAGUCCAGCAGUGAGGAGGAGGAAGCUGCAGCACCUGCCAAGGCCACACCCACAGCUACAGCGGCCGAGUCCAGCAGCAGCGACGAGUCCAGCGACGAGGAGGCCGCAGUGAAGAAGCCUGCAGCAACCAAAGCCUCAGUGAAGACCCCUGUCGCUGCAGCAACCAAAGCCCCAGUGAAGACCCCUGUCGCUGCAGCAACCAAAGCCUCAGUGAAGACCCCUGUCGCUGCAGCAACCAAAGCCUCAGUGAAGACCCCUGUCGCUGCAGCAACCAAAGCCUCAGUGAAGACCCCUGUCGCUGCAGCAACCAAAGCCUCAGUGAAGACCCCUGUCGCUGCAGCAACCAAAGCCUCAGUGAAGACCCCUGUCGCUGCAGCAACCAAAGCCUCAGUGAAGACCGCUGUCGCUGCAGCAACCAAAGCCUCAGUGAAGACCCCUGUCGCUGCAGCAACCAGGAAAAAGGACUCCAGCUCCAGCAGUGAGUCAUCUGAAGACGAGACUCCAGCUAAAGCCCCCGUGGCCAAAGGAAAAGCUGCAGCCGCGACAUCUAAGGCAGCGACGACCGCCAAAGCAGCAGCUCAGAAGAAGGCUGAGACCAGCAGCAGUGAGGACAGCUCCAGUGAAGACGAAGCGCCCGCUAAGACCCCUCCAGCUAAGACCCCUGGUCCUGUCAAGACCCCUCUGGCUAAGACUCCUGCUAAGGCAGCCGAGUCUAGCAGCGAUGACUCUUCUUCAGAUGAAGAGGAGACUCCUCCCAGCAAGAAGGCCAAACCAGGUGAAUACAGUGCAGUUCCACCCCCUGGAGCUGCCGUAAAGAAGGCCGUGGCUCCUACAGUGGCCAGCAAGGCCAAAAAGGACCGCUCCUCAGACAGCAGGGAGGAGGAAGUGUCAGCAGUCCCUGUGAAGUCUACCCCAGCAAAGACUGUGACCCCUAAACCUGCUGCUGCUGCUGCUAAGAAGGCUGAGUCCAGCUCUGAGAGCUCAGACUCUAGCUCUGAAGAUGAAGAAGCAAAAAAGGCCCCGGCUAAGGCUGCCCCGGCUAAGGCUGCCCCGGCUAAGGCUGCCCCGGCUAAGGCUGCCCCGGCUAAGGCUGCCCCGGCUAAGGCUGCCCCGGCUAAGGCUGCCCCGGCUAAGGCUGCCCGGCUAAGGGCAAAAGCGGCCCCGGCUAAGGCUGCCCCGUCAGAAGAUUCUUCCUCGGACUCGAGCUCAGAGGAUGAAGAAGAGGUGACAGUGAAAUUGGCACCAGCUAAGGCGACUCCUACGGGGACCCCAGGCAAGGCUGCAGAAUCCUCCUCUGACUCAAGCUCAGAAGAUGAGAAAGAAGCUAAGAAGCCUGUUGCCAAGGCUGCCCCUCCUGCCAAGGCCGCCCCUCCUGCCAAGGCCACUCCUGCUAAGAAAGCAGACUCGUCAAGCUCAGACUCUGACAGCAGCUCUGAGGACAAGGCCCCAGCAGCUACCAAGAAACCUGCAGCGGCCCCCAAGGUCCCAGCCAAGGCUGCUGCAGAGAGCAGCUCGGACUCCGACUCUUCAUCUGAAGAUGAGGCUCCAGCUAAGAAGACUACCCCGGCCCCUGUUACUAAACCAGCCUCCAAACCACCCUCCAAACCAGUCUCCCCAGUUGUUAAACCUUGUGCUGCUGAAAGCAGCUCGGACUCAGACUCUUCUGAAGAUGAGGCUCCAGCUAAGAAGGCUACCCCGGCCCCUGUUACUAAACCAGCCUCCAAACCAGUCUCCCCAGUUGUUAAACCAGCUGCUGCUGAAAGCAGCUCGGACUCCGACUCUUCUGAAGAUGAGGCUCCAGCGAAGAAGGCUACCCCGGCCCCUGUUACUAAACCAGCCUCCAAACCAGCCUCCAAACCAGCCUCCAAACCAGCCUCCAAACCAGCCUCCCCCGUGGUGAACAAACUAGCCCCAACCAAGGCCAUAGCCGAGAGCAGCUCCGAUUCUGACAGCGACAGCUCGGACGACGAGGACGAGGUCGCUGCAGCCAAAAAGACCACCAAAUCUACAGCCGCAGCCAAUCACCAGCCAGUCACUCCUGCUUCAGCCAAAGCUGCAGAGUCCAGCAGCAGUGACGACAGCUCUAGUGAUGAGGAAGAGGCUACCCCAGCCUCGUCUAAGAAGGCAGCUACCCCAGCCUCGUCUAAGAAGGCAGCUACCCCAGCCUCGUCUAAGAAGGCAGCUACCCCAGCCUCGUCUAAGAAGGCAGCUACACCUAAAGCCUCCUCCACCCCUGCUGCCAAGGCAACAACACCGGCUAAGGCUGCCGAGCCGUCAUCGUCCCAGGACAGUAGCUCUGAGGAAGAGGAGACGAAAGCACCGGCAGCAGUCAUCAUCACUAACGGCAAGAGAAAGAGGGAUGGAGAAGACUCGUCUUCUGAGAGCGAGGAGGAGGAGGAAGUAACGACGCCUAAAAACCAGAAAGUAUUACCAGCACCACAGACUUACCCCAAAGUCUCUAAGAAGAUCAAUGUACCUUUCCGUAGAAUAGUAGAGGAGGACAUUGAAGUGGACAACCGUCUGGCAGACAACUCCUUCGAUGCCAAGCGCGGGUCGGAUGGAGACUGGGGCCAGAGGGCCAAUGACGUGCUCCGCUUCACCAAGGGGAAGUCCUUCCGUCACGAGAAGACCAAGAAGAAGAGGGGAAGCUACCGCGGAGGAGCCAUCUCCCAAUCAGUCAACUCCAUCAGGUUCGACAGCGACUGAGAAACCUAGUCAUCGUCAUCAUCAUCAUCACCCCUCUUCACCCUGUCGCCUGACCCCCUUCCCUCCAACCUGAUUGAGCCGAAACAUUAACUGAACUACCCACAGCUGUGUUGACAAGACGGUCACAUUGACAGCUAGGCUUCCUAGUGAUUUUAGUUCAUAAGCCUUGUGUUAAACCUUGUCAAAAGGCUUUUUUUUAUGGGGUAGACGACGACACGAGUGGUCCUGAAAUGGCAUCCUAUUUGCUUUGUAGUACUGUUGAUCUGAUCUAGAGCGGUGCACUACAUAGUAGGUAGUAGUGUGCUAUUUAGGAUGCUGUCUCAUGGGUCAAGGCCGCAGGGGGAGUGGUCUGUCUCUGUGCUUCAGUAAUCUGUACCACGUUUAAUGUCCUUAGGCUGCAUUUACAACUUAUAGCCACCGGGUGGCGGUAGCUAGCCACCAAUUCUGUUAAAUAUCCAUUUAAAAGUGUAAACUGUUCUCAAUUUUUUUUGUUGCUCUUUCUCUGUCAUUAAUCUGUUGCUUGUUGUAGUAUUGUUAGCGCGGUAUCUUCCCCCUUCUGUCCAGUGUCUCCUCAGUAUCAACAUUUUGAAAUGCUCUGUUGUUGUUUUAAUGCGGAUUGGAGGAGGAGGCUUACUUGAUUUUUAAUGCAGACCAGGUCUUUUGAAUGUUGCCGUCCUCUACCUGAUGUUGCCGUCCCCUACCAGAUCUCACAACACCUGGAUAAGUAUUCAACCAACGGUCUGAAACGUGUCCGUCCUUUCAACAUCCUCUGCAGUCUCACGGAGACCCAUCACGGUUUAGAUAUGAAGGUUUUAUGUACAUAUUUAACUCGUUGUAAGCCGGGGAUCAUCCAACUGUUGUUUAUGAGCUCUAUAGUGUUGGAAGUAACUCCCUCAUGUUUGGUAUACAAAACGUUUGGAAACAGGAAAACACAGGAUCUGGGUGUAUCUGAAAUGGCACCCUAAAGUAGUGCACUAUAUAGUGAAUAGGGUUCUAUAGGGCUCUGGUCUAAAGUAGUGCACUAUAUAGAGAAUAGGGUUCUAUAGGGCUCUGGUCUAAAGUAGUGCACUAUAUAGAGAAUAGGGUUCUAUAGGGCUCUGGUCUAAAGUAGUGCACUAUAUAGUGAAUAGGGUGCCAUUUCAGAUGUCAGCAUGGGGUUAAUUCCUGCUGAUGUGAGACUGCCCCCUGUCGGUCUGGUAGGUGGUUCAUCAUUGGCUGCUGAGGUACUUCUCUUGGCCCAGCAGCUUUGACUGACAGCUGGAACAGGUAACCUCGAGGUUAUAAUUUUGUGAAUUUAAAUUUCCUGUUUCUACUCGAAUGUAACCCCUUUCUUAUUGAGUCUUAUUAAUUAUUGGAAUAAAAUACGUUUGUGUCCCAA